AUGUCCUCGAUCAUCCUCAACCCGUUCCAGCUCCUGGAGGUCAACAUCAUCUCGGCCCAGGACCUCCGGUCGGUGAGCCGCUCCAUGCGCUCGUACGCCGUCGUGUGGGUGCACCCGGACCGGAAGCUCUCCACCCGCGUGGACACCCGUGGCCGGCGCAACCCCACGUGGAACGACAAGUUCGUGUUCCGCGUCGACGAGGAGUUCCUCCGGUGCGACACCUCCGCGGUCAUGAUAGAGAUCUACGCCGUCCACUGGUUCAGGGACGUGCUCGUCGGGACGAUACGGCUCCUGGUCAGCAACCUCCUCCCGCCGCCGUCGCGGCCCUUCCGCCACCAGCGGCACAUCGGCAUGCGGUUCGUGGCGUUGCAGGUGCGCCGCCCCUCGGGGCGGCCGCAAGGGAUAUUGAACGUCGGCGUUGCGUUGCUCGACAGCUCCAUGCGAAGCAUGCCGCUGUACACCCAGCUCAGCGCCUCGGCGGUCGGCUUUCAAGACCUAUUGCAGAGGCAAGAAUACGUGAGCGAGCACAACACUCAGAUUCAAAACCCUCCUCCGCAACAUCAGAAACAGAAACAGCAACAGCAGAUGCAAAUGUCCACGUUCGUCGAGAAGCCGGAACUCCGGCGUACCAAGAGCGACACGAGUUCCAUGCAAGGUCCGAGGCAAGCGAGGACGUUGAAUCGAAAGGUGUCCUUCCGCGAAAAGCCGAAUUCUAUAAUCAACGCGUCGGAGAACGACUCUUCGACCCCAGGGAAGAAGAAAGGAUCGAUUUCAUUGCCCAGUUCCAUGGUUAACGGUUCAGCCCUAGGGCAUUCGAUCUUCAAGGGUAAAAGUUCAAAGGCAAGCUCGGUGGCGAACGGGUCGGCGGUCGGCGUCAAAGGGACGAAACCUGAAAGAAAAGAUGCCAAGUCCUCGGUUUCCGGGGGCAGCCAAAAGGCUGGCGGGAAGUCGAUCGCCAAGAAACACGGGUUAGAAUUUGGAGAUCCGAGGAAGCCGGGCGAGCUGUACAUCACCGAGUCCGAGCUGGGCCCAUCUCCAUCGGAAUUGGCGGCUGUGGCGGCAAAGGAGAGGAUGUACAAGGUGGUGGACGACACCGAGAACUCAGGAGUCGGAGGGUGGAGCUUGAACGAGAGCGUGGAAGGCUUGCAGUCGAAGCUCGAGCGGUGGCGGAUGGAGCUCCCGACCAUAUACGACCGCAGCGACUUCGCAAGCUAUGGGCCAAGCACGAAAGGCAGCGGGGGCGGGGGCGGGGGCGGGGGCGGCGGCAGUAGGCACGCUAGGCGGCACACGGAGGGCGAAAGCGGGAAGGGGUUGUUCUCGUGCUUUAGCAACAUCUGUGGUUGCCAAUGCUCCAUCGUCUGCGGGGGCGACGCGAGCUCGAGCAAGAAAAGGACCGGACGACGCCGCCGGCGAAGCGCGUCUCCGGCUAGUUCCACGGUUGUUUGA